CCCCACGCGGAGGCGCAGAGAAAACGCGAGACCCGACGCCACCGGCAGGCGGCAAGCACCAACCCGAGUCGGCGAGUCCCGACCCUACAAACUGCCUGCAAGCGAACGAAGUGACGGACGAGACGGGACGAGGCACGGAACGGAGGGGAGACGGGAGCCAAGUGAGCGAGCCAGACUACCCACCCAGCGCCAUGAGGGGCAGCGAGAUGUUGACCGGCGCGGGGGCCGCCGGCACGGCCCCUUCCACGGCCACCUCGGCCGCGGCCGCGGCGGCGGACCUGGUUGCCGGAGCGGGGGGCUCGGGCGCUAUCGUCGGGGGCGGCAACUUCCCCCUCGCCGUCGCUCUCCUCGCCUUCGCCUUCGCCAACUUCGUCAACCUCCUCUCCAUCUGGCUAAAAGAGAAGAGGUGGGAUGCAAGGAAAUUUCUUACUUCAGCUGGAGUCAUGUCAUCUCUUUCUGCAACUGUGGGGAGCUUGGCCGUCGCUGUGGGUCAACAAGAAGGCGCAGAUAGCUCUGCAUUUGCCCUCGCAUUGGUUUUAGCUGCCGUUGUAAUGUAUGAUGCAUCAGGAAUUAGAUGGCACACAGGUCGCCAAGCUGCGUUGUUGAAUCAAAUAGUCUGUGAUUUCCCACCAGAACAUCCAAUCAUUUCAACCUUUAGGCCACUACGGGAACCUCUUGGACACAGCCCACUUCAGGUUUUUGCAGGAGCACUUGUUGGCUGUGCAGUCGCUUAUUGUAUUGGGAAAUCUGUAUAAGGAAUAGCUAGGAUUUGGCUUGUACACGAAUUCUAUUGACUUAAUAUAUAAAACUUUUUGUAAAAAAAAUCUCUUGUACAUCUUUGCCCCUAAUUCCCUGAGAAAUGUCUCAUUGAUCAACCGCUUCAA